GUUGGAGACAUGGGACAGGACUCUGUGCCUUGUUGUAUUUAAUCCUGGCAAAAUUUUGCACUCAUUUUCUCGUUGUUUUACGGGAGGAGACAGGCUAAAAGUGGUUAAAUCUUUAGCCCAGGAUCUCACAGCUAAGUGGUGGAGGGUCGGGAGCUGAGGCCAACUUCCAAGCCUGCCCUUUACGUCUCUGCAGUGACGUGAAGCUUGCUUUUGGUUUUAACUUUGUGUAUAGAUCUCUGUUUACUUUUGGAUACUAGUGUGGCCUCCACCAGGUACUGUCUUCCUGGGAAAUCGUGUUUGGUCUUUGGCUGUGCUCUGUUGUUUGUCAUACCCGAUAGGACAGCUGAAACGAGGUGGAGUAGAUGGAGCCGUGAAUGUCUGUAUACAGAAUUCAGGUGUAGGGGAAGCAGAACGUCCUGUAGGUGCCUGAGGUGGUGGUUUUGCAGUGUGAAGUCCCUUGAUGUUACCCAGCUGUGAACCUAGGGUUGUGUGUAUCUUUCUGAGUUCUAAGUGACAGCUUUGUGCCAUCUCUUCCCUCUAGAGAUGUAGGAGUGCAAGUGAUCAUAAGUGAGACUGAUCAGACUGGCCUCUUUAUUUAAAAAAUAAAAUCAAAAGCGAGUCAUGUUCCUAAUAACAGCUUUCUGUGAUGCACUGGCAACUGGCUGCUCCUCCUCCUUGCUGCCCGGAGAUUGGCUUUUGUCAGUCGUCUGAGGUAAUGAGGCCCUGAUGACUGAGUCAUUCCGAAUUUUAACUAAAAAUCAAGCAAGACUGAGGAUCGACCGAGACUGCCAGCUUAUUGCCCUACAGGGAGAAGUAUCGCUGUCAGCAAACUCCAGGCAGUUAGUGAAUUCUCUCUCUGGUCCGGCUUCAGGAGGAGCUGCCUAUAAACAGGGGCCGUCUUUGUGACUUUCAGUCGCCGUCUCGGGGUCCCCGUUCUGGGGGGGUGGGCUGCUUGGACGCCAGCAGGGGCAUUACGUGAGCCGAAUCUGUGACUGCACUGGACUCAGAGAGCUUGGUGCAGCUGGCUGUCACCGUGUUGGCAUGCCCUCUCGGUGGACCUGAGCAUCGUUGGCUAUGUUCCUCCUCCUUGGUCAGUGUAAGGCCCGGGUGUCGUCGCUGUGGGCCUCUGCAGCAGUUCUCUGCAUGUUCUGCCUGUAAUGACUGAGUCGGGUCCUGCUGGUCGUCCCAUCCUUUCUGUUCAGGUGGUGGUGCCUGGGCUGUGUCGUGAUGCUGCUCUUCCAGUUUCUAACUCCCUGGACUCCCUCAUUGGAACUGAAGCUUUCAGAUGUUUCAGCGGGAAUCGUUUAGAGUUUUCUGUAUUUUAAAAGGGACUAUUGACGCUCAAGGAUUCAAAUACUUGAUCACUUUGUUUUGGAACCAUUAGCUUUGUAGCCGAGGAAUGUACUCAGCAGAACUGGAGAUUUAAUUCGGCAAAUUAAAUCCGCGUUGGCACUUUAGGAGUUGGGAGUAUUCAAGGUGGUAGGAGGCAGAUGGGGAAUGAGUCUUUGCCUUCAAGGAUCUCGCCGUGUAAUGGGCACACACACAGUGGCAGACAUGACGUGCUGUGGUGGAGGCCACGUGAGGUACAGUGAUGACAGAGGGGAUGGACAAGACCCUUUACCUGAGGGGCCAGGGGGGACUGCACACGUAGCCACACACGGUCGUUUCCAUAUCAUCACCCCACCCCCGCAAGGCAGAAGCAAAGACAUCACAAAGCAAAACACAAGUUUUCUUUUGCUAGGAAGUUUUCAGGAGGACCAGAUGUGCAGGUGCCAAUGUUCAGUGGCGCAGCAGAGUCCACAUUCCACCCGUGUAUCCCGUGCCGGUUUGUAAUUCGUCGGUGGUCGAACGGGAAGCCUGUGGUAUCAUGAUAUUAUCUGGUUUAACCUCAGGCCAUUUGAGUCAUUCAAUCUCCUGAAAAUGGGAGACACAGUGGGGCCCCUCCCAGGGGCUCUUGGCUGUUGCUGAUGGCAGAAACCACGCUUGACCAAGGUUCACUUGUAGCUCCACGGCGUCAGUGCAGCUGGUGUCGUCCUGACCAUGGACGGUGCGUCGGCCGAGCAGGAUGGCCUCCAGGAGGACAGAUCCCACGGUGGCCCCUUGGCUCUCCCCGAGGGCCCCCUGAAGCCCCCGGGCCCAGUGGUGCCACCUGACCAGGACCCACUGGUGCCACCUGACCAGCAGGACAAAGCCCAGCGUGCUGAGGUAAACAGAGCUUCCACGGAAGGAGAAAGCCCGGAUGGACCUGGCCAGGGAGGCCUCUGUCAGAACGGGCCAAUGCCACCCUCGCCAGACCCUCCGUCAUCUCUCGACCCCACCACAAGCCCAGUGGGCCCUGAUGCCUCUCCAGGUGUGGCUGGUUUCCAUGACAACCUAAGGAAGGCUCAGGGAACUAGUGCUGAGGGCAGUGUUAGAAAAGAAGCUUUGCAGUCUCUCAGACUCAGUCUUCCUAUGCAAGAAACGCAACUGUGCUCUACAGAUUCUUCCCUGCCACUGGAGAAGGAGGAGCAGGUCCGACUUCAGGCUCGGAAGUGGCUGGAAGAGCAGCUCAAACAGUACAGGGUGAAGCGCCAGCAGGAGAGGUCCAGUCAACCUGCAACCAAAACGAGACUUUCUAGCACGCUUGAUCCUGAGCUCAUGUUAAACCCAGAAAACUUGCCAAGGGCCAGCACCGUGGCUAUGACAAAAGAAUAUUCCUUCCUGCGCACCAGUGUCCCUCGUGGGCCUAAGGUGGGCAGCCUGGGGCUUCCGGCACACCCUAAGGAGAAAAAAAGUUCCAAAUCAAGCAAAAUCCGGUCUCUGGCCGAUUACAGAACUGAAGAUUCAAAUGCUGGGAAUUCCGGGGGAAAUGUUCCGGUUCCCGAUUCUACCAAGGGUUCCCUGAAGCAGAACAGAAGCAGCGCAGCGUCCAUUGUGUCUGAGAUCAGCCUGUCCCCCGACACUGACGACCGUCUGGAGAACGCCUCCCUGGCUGGAGACAGCGUGUCUGAGGUGGAUGGAAAUGACAGUGACAGCUCAUCGUACAGCAGCGCCUCCACCCGAGGGACCUAUGGCGUUCUGUCGAAGACGUUGGGCACACAGGACACCCCCUAUAUGGUCAACGGCCAGGAGAUUCCUGCGGAUACGCUGGGCCAGUUCCCCUCGAUUAAGGACGUCCUCCAGGCUGCAGCCGCUGAGCACCAAGACCAGGGGCAGGAGGUCAACGGGGAGGUGCGGAGUCGGAGAGACAGCAUCUGCAGCAGCGUGUCCUUGGAGAGCUCUGCAGCAGAAACCCAGGAGGAGAUGCUGCAGGUGCUCAAAGAGAAAAUGCGACUCGAAGGACAGCUGGAAGCCUUGUCACUGGAGGCGAGUCAGGCACUUAAAGAGAAGGCUGAGCUACAGGCCCAGCUGGCCGCCCUCAGCACGAAGCUGCAGGCGCAGGUGGAGUGCAGCCACAGCAGCCAGCAGCGGCAGGAUUCGCUCAGCUCGGAGGUGGACACUUUGAAGCAGUCGUGCUGGGACCUGGAGCGAGCCAUGACCGACCUGCAGAACAUGCUGGAGGCAAAAAACGCCAGCCUGGCAUCGUCCAACAACGACUUGCAGGUGGCCGAGGAGCAGUACCAGAGGCUCGUGGCCAAAGUGGAGGACAUGCAGAAGAGCAUGCUCAGCAAGGACAACACAGUGCAUGACCUGCGGCAGCAGAUGACAGCUUUGCAGAGCCAGCUUCAGCAGGUGCAGCUGGAGCGGGCGACGCUGACCAGCAAGCUGAAGGCGUCACAGGCAGAGAUCUCGUCCCUGCAGAGUGUCCGGCAGUGGUACCAGCAGCAGCUCGCCCUGGCCCAGGAGGCCCGCGUCAGGCUGCAGGGUGAGAUGGCUCACAUCCAGGUUGGACAGAUGACCCAGGCAGGUCUCCUGGAGCACCUGAAACUCGAGAAUGUGUCGCUGUCCCAGCAGCUGACGGAAACUCAGCACAGGUCCAUGAAGGAGAAAGGACGGAUCGCGGCACAGCUGCAGGGUAUUGAGGCUGACAUGUUGGAUCAGGAAGCAGCCUUCCUGCAGAUUCAGGAGGCAAAGACGAUGGUGGAGGAGGACCUCCAGAGGAGGCUGGAAGAGUUUGAAGGCGAGAGGGAGCGGCUGCAGAGGAUGGCAGACUCGGCGGCAUCCCUGGAGCAGCAGCUGGAGCAGGUGAAGUUGACUUUGCUCCAGCGAGACCAGCAGCUUGAGGCUUUGCAGCAGGAGCACCUGGACCUGAUGAAACAGCUCACCUUGACUCAGGAGGCUCUGCAGAGCAGGGAGCAGUCUCUCGAUGCCCUGCAGACACACUACGAUGAGCUGCAGGCCAGGCUAGGGGAGCUGCAGGGCGAGGCUGCCUCCAGGGAGGACACGAUCUGCCUCCUGCAGAAUGAGAAGAUCAUCUUGGAGGCGGCUCUGCAGGCGGCCAAGAGUGGCAAGGAGGAGUUUGACAGAGGAGCAAGACGCUUGGAAGAAGGUACCGAGGAAACGUCGGAAACUUUAGAGAAGUUAAGAGAAGAAUUGGCCAUCAAGUCUGGCCAGGUGGAACACCUGCAGCAGGAGACUGCCACUCUGAAAAAGCAAACGCAAAAAAUAAAGGAACAGUUUCUUCAACAAAAGGUGAUGGUGGAGGCCUACCGGCGCGACGCCACCUCCAAAGACCAGCUCAUCAGUGAGCUGAAAGCCACCAGGAAAAGGCUGGACUCGGAGCUGAAGGAGCUGCGGCAGGAGCUGAUGCAAGUGCACGGGGAGAAGCGGGCCGCGGAGGCGGAGCUCUCGCGCCUGCACCGAGAGGCGGCCCAGGUCCGUCAGCAGAUGGCCGACCUUGAAGGGCAUCUCCAGUCGGCACAGAAGGAGCGAGACGAGAUGGAAACACACUUGCAGUCGUUGCAGUUCGAUAAGGAGCAGAUGGUCGCGGUCACAGAGGCCAACGAGGUGCUGAAGAAACAAAUUGAAGAGUUGCAGCAAGAAGCCCGGAAGGCCAUCACGGAACAGAAGCAGAAGAUGAGGCGGCUGGGCUCAGACUUGACCAGCGCCCAGAAGGAGAUGAAGACCAAACACAAGGCCUAUGAGAAUGCCGUGGGCAUCCUCAGCCGCCGCCUGCAGGAGGCCCUUGCGGCCAAGGAGGCUGCGGACGCGGAGCUGGGCCAACUCCGAGCCCAGGGUGGCAGUGGUGACAGCAGCUUGGCUCUACAUGAAAGGAUCCAGGCCCUGGAGGCGGAGCUGCAGGCUGUCAGUCACAGCAAGACUCUGCUGGAAAAGGAACUGCAGGAGGUCAUUGCGCUGACCAGCCAGGAGCUGGAGGAGUCCCGGGAGAAGGUGCUGGAGCUGGAGGACGAGCUUCAAGAAUCCAGAGGCUUCAGGAAGAAGAUAAAACGCCUCGAGGAGUCGAACAAGAAGUUGGCUCUCGAAUUAGAGCACGAGAAAGGGAAGCUUACGGGUCUUGGACAGUCCAACGCAGCUCUGCGGGAACACAACAGCAUCCUAGAAACAGCUUUGGCCAAGAGGGAGGCAGACCUAGUCCAGUUGAACCUUCAGGUGCAGGCGGUUUUGCAGCGCAAAGAAGAGGAGGAUCGCCAGAUGAAGCAGCUUGUCCAGGCCCUGCAGGCCUCACUAGAGAAGGAGAAGGAGAAGGUGAACAACCUUAAGGAGCAGGUGGCUGCUGCCAAGGUGGAAGCCGGGCACAACCGCCGCCACUUCAAGGCGGCCUCCUUGGAGCUGAGUGAGGUAAAGAAGGAGCUGCAGGCCAAGGAACACCUGGUGCAGAAGCUGCAGGCUGAGGCCGACGACCUUCAGAUUCGGGAGGGGAAACAUUCCCAGGAGAUAGCACAGUUCCAAGCAGAGCUGGCCGAGGCCCGGGUGCAGCUCCAGCUCCUGCAGAAGCAGCUGGACGAGCAGCUCAGCAAACAGCCUGUGGGAAACCAAGAGAUGGAAAAUCUCAAAUGGGAGGUGGAUCAGAAAGAGAGAGAAAUCCAGUCCUUGAAGCAGCAGCUGGACUUGACGGAGCAGCAGGGCAGAAAGGAGCUGGAAGGGCUACAGCAGCUGCUGCAGAAUGUCAAGUCUGAGUUGGAGAUGGCCCAGGAAGAUCUGUCCAUGACCCAGAAGGAUAAAUUCAUGCUCCAGGCAAAAGUGUCGGAGCUGAAGAACAACAUGAAGACCCUGCUCCAGCAGAACCAGCAGCUCAAGCUGGACCUGCGCCGCGGUGCGGCCAAGACGAGAAAGGAGCCAAAAGGCGAGGCCAGCUCUUCCAACCCCGCCACGCCCAUCAAGAUCCCCGACUGCCCGGUUCCCGCCUCGCUGCUGGAGGAGCUGCUGAAGCCACCGCCUGCCGUGAGCAAGGAGCCCCUCAAGAACCUGAACAGCUGCCUCCAGCAGCUCAAGCAGGAGAUGGACAGCCUGCAGCGCCAGAUGGAGGAGCACACCCUCACGGUGCACGAGUCUCUGUCCUCGUGGACUCCGGUGGAACCAGCCACUGCCAGCCCCGCGCCCCCUGGGGGUCAUGCCAACCCACGUGGCAAUGCCCAGAGACACAGUCAGAGCAGGGCUUCCAAAGAAGGGCCAGGACAGUGACUGCUGCGGACUCGCCUCCGUGUACCGCUGUCCGGAAUGCUCUCUUAUCAAUGUUAUUUAUUCGAUUGUGUGGCUGAUGUUUUUCUAAGACAUGAAAUUUAAAUUUUGUUUUGCCUUUAACAAGGAGUAAAAUAUAUAACAGAAUGAGAGCCAAGGAUUAGAAAAACAUUCGAAGAUUACAAUUAGCUUUUCCCAUGGAAUGACCAAAUCUUAAAAGCCUAAUAGGCUCUUGGCAAGGAGCUUCGAACGUGUCUGAAGAGUUACUUGUAGGACAUGUCUUCCGAGCGGUCACCGACGCUGCUCUGUGCAGGUGAUGGGGAGAGGCUGCACGACGGGGUGUGCGGCACCAGCGCCCGGCCCGGCCGGCUGCGGUCUCAGUUCCCUGUUCCGUUCAGUAAGAGCUUUACUUUUCUGCAGAAAUGAAAUUUUAUUUGCACCUUUUUGCUUGUUUUUUUGGAUAGCCAUCCCACCAUAGGAUGUGUACGUAGACAAUGAAGAUCAUAACCCAAUCUUUUUUUUUUUUUGGAGAUGGAGUCUCGCUCUGUCGCCCAGGCUGGAGUGCGGUGGCACCAUCUCGGCUCACUGCAAGCUCCGCCUCCCGGGUUCACGCCAUUCUCCUGCCUCAGCUUCUCGAGUAGCUGGGACUACAGACGCUCGCCACUAUGCCAGGCUAAUGUUUGUAUUUUUAGUAGAGAUGGGGUUUCACCGUGUUGGUCAGGCUGGUUACGAACUCCUGACCUCAAGUGAGCCGCCUGCCUCAGCCUCCCAAAGUGCUGGAAUUACAGGCAUGAGCCACCGCGCUCAGCCUGUAACCCAAUCUUUAACAAGCGUAUGCUCAUAUUAUUUAAGAAGAACCUAUUUGUCUUAUUAUUGAUUGCCUUUUGAAAAUUUGUUGGGAAUAAUUUACCUGUAGGAUUUAGGGAUGUCAGAAAAUUCUGUUCUAAGAAAUAUAAUUAUUUUAUUUACCUUCUAAAGCCAAAUAUUCUUACACAGAAAGGUCCUCUGUUCUGGUUUUACUUUGUUGCUAAGGGUCUUUCCUUCCUGCCGGUCUCUUCCUCUCAGGCCACUGGUCCUGUGUGAUUCCACCAUGGCUGGCCACCGGGAAGGGGCAGCUUGGACCCUUAGUCAGGCCUGAAGGCCAUCAGGAGGCACAAGGACACUGAGGCCCCGUAUCUGAUCCGACCUUUGUGGGGCACAGGGAGAGGCCAGAGGGAGAGGAAGGAAGGUGGAGGAGGAGGAGGAGAGCAGGCCAGGGGCUCCCUGCAGCGACUCCUGCCGUUUCUCCUGGAGCCACAGCCAGGUGUAGAUAGCAGGUGGUAACAAGCCUCACACUUCUAUGCCCAAGUGAAAAUCUUCACCAGUGUCUGAGGGAGCGCCUGUACUCGUGCAGUCACCAAGAGCAGUCCUGGGUCCUUUGUGCUUACACCAGCAUCAUGUGGAGAGCAGAGGCGAUUUCCGGGAGAGACAGGCCAGCACCGUGAGGAAGGUGGCUGUGCUCUCCCCAGGUGUCUCAGAAACAGAUGCCUUAUUUAGAAUCAGCACUACGUGUGUGAGAUCUUCCGUUUCCCACCCCAACUCCUGAAACAUUGCCGACACUGCGAGAGUUGGGGUCUGUAAGUUGUCCCCUAGUUUGUUAAGAAAAUCUAAAAUAAUAUUUAUUGUAUGAGGAGAGAGAGAGAAUGGGUCCGUGUGGCCUCCUUUGCAGAGAUAUGGGUCUGAAACGAGGUUCUGAGUGUCACUGGCCAGGCCAGAUGUGCUCAUGUCCGUAUCUUGUGUCUGUUUUGUGGAGAAAACAGUAUGGUAUGUUUAUGCUACUUGUGUUCUGUUGUAAUAUACUUUUAGAAGGUUAAUUGGUAAGGUUAAGGUAGCAUUAACCACAAAGAUGUUUGGUAUUUAAAAAAUAUUCUCUAGCAAGUAUUAGGACUUCCAAAAUAUAUAUAUCAUUUGUACAGGGUUAAUUUUGAAAUAAUACUUGAAAAUUUCAUUAUAAAUAUAUCCUUUUUAUGUUAAGUUGAAGAUGUUAUUUACUAAAUUGUUCUUGUACCAUUAGAAAAGAAAAAUACAGUAAUUUACAUUCUUA